GGUUGGAAAACAAGCUUAACAAACAGACAAAUUAUCCUAAAAGUAGUUGAUGUCAUGAUACAUAUUCCUCUCUUUAGUGCCUCAUGAUCAUAUAUCCUGUCAAUACUCUGGUCUCCUCCUUAACUAGAAAUGGAUUCCUAGCUUUGAAUCUUCUGCCAAAUUUCUCAACAACUUCUGGGUUUCCUUAAUUUUAAGGAGGGACGUUAAUGGAGAUGGAGGAGCUGCUGAAGCCAUACAGUAAGGAGUACAUGAGAAUGGCAAUGUUAAAACAUGAAGAAACUUUCAAAGAGCAGGUUUAUGAACUUCAUCGGCUGUAUCGAAUCCAGAAGUUGCUGAUGAAAAGCAUUGCAAGCAACAGGCCUCCUAAUGGAAGAAAUCAACCUGCAGCUGAAGAGAAUUAUGGUGAUUUGGAGAUCAUAUAUGAGACUGAGAUUGAGCUCACACUUGGUCCUUCGAGAUAUGAUCGGAGAAAGCAAUCCGAUACGCCAUUAAUGUCCGAUUUAGGACCAAGCUUCUCUUCUUCUUCAAUAGGGUCUAAAAGCAGUGUUGAUGUUGAAGAACAAUUGAGACAGCAGAGACUACAGCAAGCUCCUCCUUGGCUUUUCCAGUUUUUGAUGUGGUGAGUGAUGAAAUCCUGUCAGAAUUUGUUCAUGUUCUGCAAAAACCCAGUAAGAUUAACUAAUUGGCGAUCUGAUAUUCUGCCGAUCUCUUUUCAAUUGAAGAUUAAUAUCUUCAUCAUAGCAAUGUGUCAUUACACUCAUUACAUGCGUUGCAGUACCCGUCUCCAGUGAAUUAGGCCACAAGCAUCUACAGUAUCAAGCUUGAUAGUGUUGGGGGAGCUACAAAAUUACGAGGAGGCUUAGUGUUCUAAAUUGCAUUUCGCUUAGAGGAAGAAGGGAAGUGCAAAAUAUAAUAUGUAAAACUUCCUAACUAUAUCGU